AUGGCGGAGAACAGCGGCGCGGACCCCGCCGUGGAGAGCAAAUCCGAGGAAAACGCGGCCGCCGGCGGCACCAUCAUCAUGGUCACCGUCAAAACGCCCAAGGACAAGGAAGAAAUAGCGAUAUCCGAGGACGCGUCUGUGUCCCAGUUCAAAGAAGAAAUCUCCAAAAGGUUCAAGGCAAAGCAGGACCAGUUAGUGUUGAUCUUUGCUGGUAAAAUCCUGAAAGAUGGGGACACGCUCAGUCAGCACGGUAUAAAGGAUGGCCUCACCGUUCACCUUGUCAUCAAAACUGCACAAAAGGCCGCAGGUGGUAGUUCCACGGCUGCCCCAUCCAGCUCCGGCGCCACACAGGCAAACAGUGGCAAUGCAGGCGCCGCUAACCCCAGCUCAGCUGGUAACCUGGGCACAUCACAGGGCAGUGGGCCUUCGCCAGCCCCCUCGCAGCCAGCCAACAUAUUCACUGGGUUCGGUGACCUGUCCAGUCUGGCUGGCUUGGGCAUGGGCUCCGCCAACUUCAUGGAGCUGCAGCAGCAGAUGCAGCGGCAGCUGAUGUCCAAUCCUGAGAUGCUGUCCCAGAUCAUGGAGAACCCCCUGGUUCAGAACAUGAUGUCCAAUCCAGACCUGAUGAGGCAGAUGAUCAUGGCUAAUCCACAAAUGCAACAACUGAUGGAGCGCAACCCUGAGAUUUCACACAUGCUCAACAACCCUGAGCUAAUGAGACAGACAAUGGAGUUGGCAAGGAACCCAGCCAUGAUGCAAGAGAUGAUGCGUAACCAAGACCGAGCGCUUAGCAACUUAGAGAGCAUCCCCGGAGGAUACAACGCUCUACGGAGGAUGUACACUGAUAUCCAGGAGCCCAUGUUUAGCGCAGCACGAGAACAGUUCGGAAACAAUCCCUUCUCCGCCUUGGGGGGCAACGCAGACGGCUCAGGAGCCCAGCCCUCCAGGACGGAGAAUCGAGAGCCACUGCCAAAUCCAUGGGGUCCACCUGACACCAGCUCUUCUGGGACUGGCACAACCACCACCUCUACCACAAGCUCCACCACCCCCAGUGUCUCUAACCCCUUGGGUGUCGGCUCCUCUAGCCUGGGCAACGGUAUAUUCAACAGUCCUGGCAUGCAGAGUCUGAUGCAGCAGAUUUCGGAGAAUCCCCAGCUGAUGCAGAACAUGCUCUCUGCUCCCUACAUGCGCAGCAUGAUGCAAUCCCUGGCCCAAAACCCUGAGAUUGCUUCACAGGUGUUAUUGAACAACCCUCUUUUUGCUGGAAACCCCCAGCUACAGGAGCAGAUGAGACAUCAGUUGCCUGUGUUUCUACAGCAGAUGCAGAAUCCUGAAGCCCUCUCUGUGAUGACAAACCCCCGAGCCAUGCAAGCUCUGAUGCAGAUCCAGCAGGGCUUGCAGACCCUCCAGACUGAAGCCCCAGGACUAAUGCCAAGUCUGUUUCCUGGUGGGAUGCCCAGUGGGAUGCCCAGUGGGAUGCCCAGUGGAAUGCCCAGUGGGAUGCCCAGUGGGAUUCCCAGUGGGAUGCCCAGUGGGAUGCCCAGUGGAAUGCCCAGUGGGAUGCCCACGGGAGUUAAUGUGACUCCGGAGAAUCCUCCGCCUCCCUCUUCUGGACAGGGCUCCACCCCCGCUGCUGGAACCAACCCCACCCAACAGCAGCUCAUGCAGCAGAUGUUACAGAUGUUUGCUGGAGGAAGCGCAUCGACCCAGACUCCGGAGGUGCGUUUCCAGCAGCAGCUGGAGCAGCUGAGCGCAAUGGGCUUCAUCAACAGAGAGGCCAACCUGCAGGCCCUCAUUGCUACAGGGGGCGACAUCAAUGCCGCCAUCGAAAGACUGCUUGGCUCACAGCCCUCUUAAUCGCACCAGGAGGAAACGCCAGGGCCUGGGAGCGAAGCAGAGAAACGAGACAUGAACACAGUCCUUCACCACAUAAUAUCUGACAAGCCCCCGUUAAUAGACUGAAUUCCAAUUACUUCUCUCUUUUACUCGGUUGAUCUGAGAAUCUUAGGAAAUUGGGGUUUUCAAAUUUGUUUCCUUAGACCAAUAAAGCAAAAAUGAGAUCACAGUGGAUUAACAUCAGGCUAACCCCUCUCCUCUUUCGUUCGAGUGCGUCCCCAAAUAAAAUGGGACACUGCUUCUAUGAACCAAGUGUAGCUUACCAUUCCUUAUAAUUGACACAUACUCACUUGAGGCACUACUUUCAUGAUUUCGGGAGUUGGGUGAAAAAAUACAGAAGAUAUACUAAGACAGAGGAACCCUUGUCUUUCAUGAAGAUGGUCAGUUUACUUAAAUUUCUGUCUCUCCUAAGUCAUGCCUGACUAAACCAGUAUUUAUUGCAGACGAUGUAGAAGUUACCCUUUACUCCCGUACCGCGCCUCCACGAUUCACAGUGCUUUGACAUCCUUCUCAUUUGACGUUGUUAAUUGAAAUCUAAUAGAGGAAGAUGUUGGAAAUCCCUGUUUGAGCAUUUAUAACAACCUCACGCAGAUGAUUGCUUACUCUUCAGCUAUUUAGAGAGGUAAAUGAGCUUCUGGGAGUGAGAUUCAAGAUAUUCAGUCAUCUCUUUAGUCUUUUACCUUUAAGGGGGAGUGUGAAUUAUUUUGCCGGUAAAAGCUGGUGGUUAUGGGGAAAGGUUGUAACAAGGCAUCAAUAAAAUACUUCUCAGCUUACGAGCAACGCAGAAAGCAGACACCUUUUUUUUUUCUUUUUUUUUUCUUUUUUUUCUUCUUUUUUUUUUUGACCAUAUCUUUAUGCUUUGACAUAGAAGUACUCUAGUGCGUGGAAGGCAUUGUGUACUGGACACGUCAUCCUAAACAGUUGAUCUGCCAUCGAAUCUGGUAACAGCAUGAAAGUUGAUGCUAGCUUUUCUGUGCACCAAUCUCAGUGCUAACCAACAGCAAUCUAAUGGAAUUAACAGUUGAGUUUUGAUGUGAAUUAAAAUGUGUUCAACUUUG